CUUCUCGUCUUACCUUUACCUCUCCUUUUACCUUGUACACAAUACUUAAACUAGUUUCAAAUGGCUUCAAAACCAUCACAUUUCCCAUUAGAUAUUAGCAAGUUAAACUUUGUGCUACAAGUUUUGAGGCAUUACAAGUUUCCUGAUGCAAGAUGGUUUGAAUUUGGAUUGAAUCUUGGUCUGCUUCAUCCUACACUGGAAGCUAUUGAGUCAGCUCAUAGAGGGAACCCUUCACGCUGCCUGAUGGAGUGUUUAACCAAGUGGUUGACUAAAGCUGAUGAUAAUAUCACCACUGUUGGUCCUAUAAUCUGGAAGACACUGGCUAAUGCACUCCGUGGAAUGAAUGCAGCAUCUGUUUCUACUGAUAUUCGCAAAACAAUGGCAGAUCCUGUUAGUGAGAUAUUACAGUGUUAUAUUGGUAGACUAGCUCAAGUUGUUCUUACUGAGGAAUCAGUUGGUCUCUUACAUACAGAGGGAUUGAUAUCUAAGGAUACAUUAACAGAAGUGAAGAGUUGCGGUUGUUCAUUGGUAGGAGACCCAAUGUUACUAAUAUUAAGAGCUGUAGCUGAAGAUCACAGCAAGUUAUGUACUCUGACAAGCAUUCUAAUGAAAUCAAAGGAAGCAGUGUUUUUAGCUAGUGAUAUAAUAAUGGAAUAUGGAAAGUCAUUUCCUUCAGAAGUAACAGUGAUGCCAUCUUGUCAACAAGCAAGUACUUCAACAUCUUCAAGUAAUGAUAUAAUAUAG